AUGAUCAUCUUUGGUGGCAAGCAUCCGUUUCUGAAUCGGCGAAACGAGCUCGACCAGAGACAAAUGCUUGAGGGGAAACUGGACUUCACGGACACUUCCUCCGUUGCCGCUCAAGGUCUAGGUCUUUUCGGCUGGGCGCUUAGCAAGUAG